GCAUCUCCUCCAUAGACAUCCAUUCAUAAAGCCACACGCCAGUGUAUCGCUCAUGUCUACGGGGCCGCCGCGUGAUGCUAUUCUAAUUUAAAACCAUCAGACGGUCUCUGGUGAUAUCUCCGGAAAAUCAACUCUCGUGUUUUUAUUUCGACAGAUGUAUAGCUGGAAAAACGUCGUAGCUCCAGACCAUCUUUGGAGAGAGCCAUUAAAAUAACAUCAAACCGUUUACUGCAGUCUGGUGACUUAUAAUAGGAAUAAGACUUGUGAAUAUAAACGGAGUUUGUGUGCGUGUUGUUUGUCAGCCCCGUCCCCCUAUAACGAGUCUCUGAAGCUGCCGUGAGAUUCACACAUGGACAGACCUGUCUCUAAGGAACAUUAUAUAGCGGGCAUGCUGCUCAGUGGUGUAGGAGAUGCGAUGGGAUACAGGAAUGGGCUGUGGGAAUUUAACAAAUCCGGUCCUGCCAUCCACAAGGAACUGCAAAACCUCGGAGGACUGAAAAAGAUCUGUGUGAAGCUUCCUGAUUGGCCUGUUAGUGACGACACAGUGCUUCACCUGGCAACUGCUGAAGCUCUAGCAACAGGUAAAGAAGGUGAGGCGUUACUUCAUGAGGUUGCCUUGCGUUAUGUGGAGGCAAUGAAGGACAUGGACAACAGGGCACCAGGACAUACAUGCAUUCUGGGGGCUUCACAGUUGCGUCCGGGCACUGAAGGGGGUUACAGGGUCCCCUACAAUCCAAGGGGCGCAGGGUGUGGGGCAGCUAUGAGGGCCAUGUGCAUCGGCCUUAGAUACCCUAAUCCUGAGCAGUUGUCCUCACUGGUUGCGGUUGCUGUGGAGACUGGACGAAUGACUCAUAAUCAUCCAACCGGAUUUCUCGGAGCUGUGGCUGCAGCUUUGUUCUCUGCCUAUGCGGUCCAGCGCAGACCAGUCAUGAGCUGGGGUUUGGGUUUGUUGGAGGAAGCUUGUCCUGUAGCAAAGCAGUAUGUACAGACUGCAGGAUAUGCUGUUGGCGAGACCGAGAAAGACUGGGGCUACUUUACUGACAAAUGGAAAUGGUAUUUGGAUCUCCGGGGAUUGUCUUCUGGUACUGGUCCAGUUGUCUGGCCUGAACCAUACGGUUUAGCUGAACGAGACAGGACCUACAAGAGUUUCAGCCUGUCUGGGUGGGCGGGUAGCUGCGGUCACGAUGCUCCAAUGAUAGCUCUGGAUUCUCUGUUGGGGGCAGGAUCAGACUGGGAGGAGCUAAUGAGUCGAGCAGCAUUUCAUGGAGGAGACAGUGACAGCACCGCAGUGAUCGCCUGCUGCUGUUGGGGUCUGCUGUACGGGACAGGGGGAGUGCCCAAGUCUAACUAUUGUAACCUGGAGUACAGGGACCGAAUGGAGAGCACGGCUAAAGAACUUUAUGCUCUUUCUCACUAAUGAAGAGGCAAAACUCACACAGGACAACACGCCUCAUAUAUACACAGAAAAAGAUGGAAUUCAAAUAAUUUGGGUUUUUAACUAAUUCAGUAAAAUAAGGUAUGUCAGUCUUUAUAAGCGAUUAACUCGUUAUUUAGCAAACUUGCAUGUUUUUACAUCCGUAAGGUGCAUUCACACAUACAGCGAUUAAUCUGAUAUAGAUUGCAAAGAUGCUGUACAUUAUCCAGUUGUAUAAAAUCAUAUUUGCUGUAUCACAGUGUAUUUGUGUUAUAUUCAUAAAAAAAAAAUAAAGUCAGUUUUAUUUGUAUAGCACUUUUCACAACACACAUAAUUCAAAGCAGCUUUACAGAAAAUUAUGCUUUAAGAAAUUACACAUAUUACUGCUUCUUUUUCUGUUAGAGUCAUAAUAGUGCAGUUUAUUAGAAAACAUGAUUGUAAAUUGUGCCUUAAAAUAAAUAUAGUAUGAAUAAGUAAAUUAUAUUUGUAUUUAGACCCCUGAAGGCAACUGUGGCAAGGAACACAAAACUCCAACGUUAACUGAACCCCCCACCCCCCAAAAAAAAUAACCCUGAUUUGUCGUAUCUCCAACGGUUGCUGACAGCUUAUUUCGCCUCAGUAACUUCCGGCUCAGUUGCUGUGUGAUUGCCUCUUUAGUUGUUUUUUGUACAUUUUAAUGGACUUUUUUUUUACUGUUUUUUCCUGGAGAAGGUUGAGAAAUCAAGCCUUUUCAUAUACAAAUUUUCGCUAAUGUAUUAGCUACAGUAUAUCAGUAUCCAAAAACAUUUAGGACACACAUGCAUGAUUGCUGAAUUCUGUGCUUUAAAACCUUAAAUGAGAAAUACAGUGAAAUAAAUGAUUAAUCAGAAACUAAAA